UAUAUACUCAAAAUCAAAUGGUUUUUCAUUAUAAUAUGGAAUAUUAUCAUGCUCAUAAAUAACAAUCUAUAAAAUUCAGUUUACAGGUAGUUUCAACAGAAAUUUUAUAUUACCUUAUGUGAAUAAGGUAAUAAAUUUUUUAACAUUACUAAAGUGUACAAAAAAUAAAAAGUUUAUUGUUUACCCAUUUACGAUGAAGGUGAGAAAUUAUUGUAAAAUUUUAAGACUUAUUACAAAAAAAAUAUAUCAACUCAAGAAAAAAAAAUUCGCAAAAGCCUUAUGUCAAAAAUACGCAAAAAAAUGUGAAGAAACGGUGCGUAAACGCAUUAAUGGUCGUAAAUGGCUUGAAAUUAUUGAGACUUUCUAUAAUAUUAAACGGUUAAAAUGCCAUUUUAAAUGAGAUUAGAAAAAAAAUAUUACUAAUGGAAAUUAAGAGACGAUUUUUACAUCGAAUUUUAACUAAAUUCUUUAACUUUACGAAGAUAUACAGUACAGAAACGUAUUUAAAAUUAAGAAACAAUUUUUUUCACUUAUUAAAGUUCAAUUAUUUUAUUUUAAUGAAUAUAUUUGACUAUUUUAUGAAUUUUUAAAAUCGACUACGUCAUAACAUUGGUACAGUUAUUUGAAUUGUAAAAACGAAAUUGUGUAUUUUUGUUCGAAUCCAAGGCGCGCUCGACUUUAAGCUGGCAUCGGGCGCCCGGCACUUCAGGGUUGAAGAGACGACAAGGCUAGAGCAAAGGUUCGAGAGAAAAUGAGUACGCCCCUCCAGUCUUCGAUUCUUCGGCCGUACUCGGCAAAGCGACCGUGCGGGGGAUUUGUUUUCUGUCCCUUACGCCAUGUAGUAAAUAAGGUUUGGCCGAUAGUACCUCUUUUCCACACAUUCACAGGAAAGAAACCAACUUUUUUAAAUUUUCUAAAAUCUACUGAGUUUCUACUCUGUUUAUCUCAUUUCAUAUCAUAACUUACAAAAUUAGAUUAAAGUAAUGCAAACUUUACUAAGAAUUAUUUAAAUUUAGUAUAAAUACAAUCUUCAAACUAAAAGUCUAACCUCAAAUGUCACAGACACGCCAAAAAAUAAAUUUUUAGGUUAUGUGUUUUUAUGGUGUAUUGAAAUAAACUUGUAUUUUACAAAAUAUUAAAAAAAAAGUUAAGAUAUGAAUAGAUUUGAAUAUACAGACUCUUCAUACGCACAAAACGAAACGUUUAUGAUAAAAGAAACCAACGUCCGGCUCUAUGAUGGUGAUCAAAAGACCCCUUUUGAAAAUGGAGAAAUUCACUUAACGACCCAUCGAUUAAUUUGGACUUACCCAAACGAUCUACGUUUUAAUGAUGUUGUAUUGUCACUGCCUCUACAAUUGGUUAUGUAUUUUCAAGAAGAGAGCCCUGGAGCAUUUAGUUUUGGUAAAUCAAAAAAAUUAAUUUUGUACUUACAUGAUCCAAAACCAGAUAGAAAUGAAGGUCCUCAAGUGGUGAGCCUUUACAACUUUAUAAAAUUGUCAUUUAAAGAAGGAUAUACUAAAGAUAUGCCUCGUUAUCUAAGUCAAUGUUUAGAACAACGAAAAUGGGAGGAAAUUGUCAAGCCUUUGCAACAACGAACAAUUGAGCUAAGAACUGGUAUAGCUGGAAUUGAACGUAAAUUACAAGAAAAACAUAAAAAAGCUGAUGAAAGCAUUUCCAUUGCAUUUCAAGAUUUAAGUAAAUUAAUGGUAAUGGCUAAAGAUAUGGUAAGAUUAUCAAACAAUAUUUCCAAUAAAAUCAAAGAUAAGCAGGGCGAUAUCACCGAAGAUGAAACGAUUCGUUUUAAAUCUUACUUAUUAAGUUUGGGUAUUGAUGAUCCUGUAACUCGUGAUAGUUUUAAAUCAGACAAUACUUACUUUCGGAGUUUAGCCAAACAAAUUUCUGAUGUAAUGUUUGAUCCUAUUACUGAAGUUGGUGGUAUGAUGGCUUUAACAGAUGUUUUUUGUCGGGUAAACCGAGCUAGAGGUCUUGAACUUUUAUCGCCCGAAGAUUUAUUGAACGCUUGUAAAACAAUGGAGUAUUUAGGAUUACCAUUAAAAAUGCACAAAUUUGAUUCAGGUGUAAUAGUGUUAAAGCUGACCACUCUCGAUGAUGCAAAUGUAUCCAAUUCUACAAAAGAAUUAAUUGAUGAAAAUGGGUCUCUAACUGCUGAGGAAUUAGCUAGGAUUUUAAAUGUUUCUGUAAUAUUAGCCAGAGAAAGGUUGUUUGUUACGGAAAAUUUUGGAAAAUGUUGUCGAGAUGAUAAUAUUGAAGGGUUAAGAUUUUAUCCUAAUUGGUUUCUAACUAAAGAUUAUUAAUCAAUAAUUAUAUUAAAACUGUAAUUAAAUUUAAACAUGCUUUGUUUUAUUAGCACAAUAAAAUGAAUAUAAUUAU